AUGGAGACCUCCACCGCAACCCCCGAAGUCGAACUGUAUCCUCGCCUCGCCGGCAAGGUAGUCCUUAUGAAGGAGCGCUUGGAGCAACUGCGUGAGCAGCUCGUCCGCACGUACGGCGUUAAAGUCCACACCGACGCCUUGGAUGUGUGCUCCACGGACUCUGUGUCGGCCUUCUUUGCUUCCCUCCCCGCCGACUUGAGCGAGAUCGACGUGCUCGUCAACAACGCCGGCGCCAUUGCUGCCUUGGGCGUCGUCUCCCAAAUAUUCCCCCGUGGCGUGGCGGGCAUCGAGGCCUACAAGGGCGGCAGCAUCUACUGUGCCUCCAAGCACGCCGUGCAGGCCAUCACCAAGUCGCAGAGGAAGGAGCUGGUCCACACUCCACUCAGGGUGACCUCCAUCUGCCCCGGUUUGGUGGAGACCGAGUUCAGCUUGGUGCGCUUCAAGGGCGACACCGGCAAGGCCAGCGAGCCCUACAAGGGCCUCGAGCCUUUGCUCGCUCGGGACGUCGCCGAUGCCGUCGCCUAUGCCGCCUCCAGGCCGCCGCACGUCCAAGUGGCGGACCUCUUGAUCUUCCCCACCAACCAGGCCUCGUCGGAGAUCGUUCACAGGGCGUAG